AUUUGAGAUGAGAGGGAGGGAGUGGUUUCGCCAUUGCUAGGCUGUAUUGAAUUGAAUUGAAUUAAAGUCACGGCUUUUCAAAAUCAAAAAUCUUCGAAUGUCGAGCCUCUUCUCCGCGUGGCGUGGGAACGCAUUGGCCGUGUCCUCCUCCAAAUAUCAUCUUCUUUCGUCAGAAGAAGCUCCAACGGAGAAGGGGAAGAAGAAAGCGACGGCGACAAGCAGUCACAGAGAAAGACAGAGGGGGGAAAAGGAGAAGGGAGCUUUCAGAGAGAAAGAGGAGGGAGGAGGAGAAGUCAUCAUCUCAUCUCAUCUCAUCUCAUCUGAUCUGUUCUGUUCUGUUGCAGUGCUGCUGUUGGCUUUACUUCUCUCUUUCAUCUUCUUCAAGAGUCACAGAUGGGUUGCUCGGCUUCUCGUUCCCAAAACCUUGUCUCCGCCGACCACCAGCCGCCCUGCUCCUCCAACUCCAACCCCUCUUCUUCCUCUCCGUCUUCCUCGCGAGCUUGGUCCGAUUCCAUUUCCAAUUCCUACGCUCCAGCCUCUCGAACCCUCUCCCUCUCCACGUCUCUGGUCCACCACCCCCCACUCCGCAAGGGCGACACCAACCACCUCGUCUCCCUUACCUCCACCACCUACGGCUCCCUCGUCCUCGUCGACUCGCGCCCCUCCGACGCCGCCAGAACCCUAACCCUAGCCGACCAGAAAGAGCCGUCCUCCCCCUCCCCGGACUCCGUCAUCAACACUUGGGAGCUCAUGGAAGGACUCGACGACUUCGACUUCGACUUCUGCCUCGUCCAGAAACCGGCAAUCGAGUCCCCGAGAAAAGGCUGCGACUCGAUUGAUCCCUUGAAUGCUUUCGAAAUGGUCGAGCAUCUGGAUUCGAAGCCCUUGUGGAAGCAUUUGUCCGAGGAGUCGUUGCUCUCGAAGAUGGACCCGAACGUGGUUUCCAGUUACAGGCGAGCCCUAACAAAGCCGAAGACAGCUAGGCCGCCACUCUCUGGUACGAAGAAUCUCGAUUUACCAGGAACCGAAGAUAGAAUUGUCCUGUAUUACACUAGUCUGCGUGGAAUUCGGCGGACUUACGAAGAUUGCUGCGCCGUUAGGAUGAUAUUUAGGGGAUUUAGGGUUAAUGUAGACGAGCGAGAUAUAUCCAUGGACGCAGCUUAUAGAGAGCAAUUGCAGAGCGCCUUGGGAGGGAAAGCCAUGGCUUUGCCUAGGGUUUUUAUUCGGGGGAGGUACAUUGGGGGUGCGGAUGAGAUUAAGCAGCUCCACGAGUGUGGCGAAUUGGCCAAACUGUUGGAAGAUUUUCCCGUUCGCGAUGUGGGUUCAACGUGUGGCAGCUGCGGGGAUAUUAGGUUUCUGCCAUGUCCCAAUUGUAAUGGCAGCAGGAAGGUUUAUGACGAAGAUGAAGGGAGGCUGAGAAGGUGCCCGGACUGCAACGAGAAUGGGCUGAUUCGGUGCCCGACUUGCUGCGCCUGAAGGAUGCAGCUGGUUGACAACUUGUGCAUAUUGGCAUUUGCUUGUUGCUGCUGGGUCCAGUGAUGAAGUGAAUAUGCCUCUGUUUUAGAAUCUUAUUUAAUCUGUCUAUAUGCCUUAGCUGUUGGAUAUUCUUGUUCAUGCGCUCUCUGAACAAACUUCAAAGUAAUAAACAUUAAACAGCAUGUGCGUGUUUCUUUCUGUUCA